GGUGCAAGGGGCUGGAAAGCCAUGUCCCGGGGUUCGGCGUUAUGUGGGGAGAAGCUCUUCUGGCUGUGGGUCGGAGUGAGGGUCGAUAUGUUAUUAUGUGUGCGAUGUGGGGUCACGGGUGUGCCCUCGUGCUCAGGGUUGGGGAUAGCAUCGGCACCUGAGCCCGCUGACAUGCUCUAUCCUUGAAAGAGUUGUUGAAUUUACUUAAAGGCGACGCAAUCAGGACACCCACACUUGACGCUUUACCUUUGAAAAACUGCAGCAUAAGCUGGUGAAAACUUUUUUUUAAAAUCACAUUUGUUUUGGAUGGGGUGCUGUCACGACCUGCGUGUGGAGAUCAUACAACUUGUGGGAUUCAGUUCCUCUAUGACUCUCCUUGUUUUUCACCAUUUGACUGAAGUAGGAGAGGGCCAAGGUUUGAGGACUGACAGGUCCGCCAUUCUCCUUCAGACCUCUUCACUUGGCAGGGUUAUUCCUUUUGAAAUAACUUCCUCCUGUCUGGAAAAGUGCUCACCCUUCAGGACUCGGCCUGAAUGACAUCUUUAUGUAACAUAUCUCUGGGACAGUCAUUGGGCAGCCAUGGCACAGAAAACCUCCACGCCCCACAUGGAACCACGGCCCCCAUGCCCAGCUGCCAUACCCUCAACGGAGAGAAAAUUCCAUGUUCUUGUGGGUGUCACUGGAAGCGUCGCUGCCCUGAAGCUGCCUCUUCUGGUGUCAAAGCUUUUGGACAUUCCUGGGCUGGAAGUCACAGUGGUAACAACUGAGAGAGCCAAACAUUUCUAUAGCCCUCAGGAUGUUCCUGUCACCCUCUACAGUGAUGCUGAUGAAUGGGAGAUGUGGAAGCGCCGCUCUGACCCAGUUCUCCACAUUGACCUGCGAAGGUGGGCUGACCUCCUUCUAGUGGCUCCCCUUGAUGCCAACACUCUGGGGAAGGUUGCCAGUGGCAUCUGUGACAACUUACUUACCUGUGUCAUCCGUGCCUGGGACCGCAGCAAGCCCCUACUCUUCUGCCCUGCCAUGAACACUGCCAUGUGGGAUCAUCCUAUCACUGCGUGGCAGGUGGGCCAGCUCAAGGCCUUUGGAUACAUGGAGAUUCCCUGUGUGAGCAAAAAGCUGGUGUGUGGAGACCAAGGUCUAGGAGCCAUGGCCGAGGUGGAGACCAUUGUGGAGAAGGUGAAAGAAGUGCUCUUCCAGCGCGGCAGCGCCUCACAGAUUUGAACAUCCCAGUGAGUUCAACCUGAGCUGUUGAAGAGGGAAGGCAGUGCAGUAUGAAGAGCCUGUGUUAGCUGAGGAGGGACUGGCUUGCCACUUCUCAGAGCUUUGUAGCAUUCAGGCAUCUGUACUGGCCUACCCUUGGGAUUCUGACAGGAUACGUCCUCAGCUGCAGUCACUAAGAGCACCUCCUGUGCACACUCACUCUGUUCCCUUUUUAAAAGGGCCCUGUCCACCU